CGGGCCGACGGAGGCCGCGAGCGAGAGCGAGAGCGAGGCGUGAUGGCUGCUCGUGUCGGCGGGUCUUCCUCCGGGAAGCGUGGAGCCGGGUCCGGGGGCUCCCGGGGAGCCGAACCCCAAGAAGAGCCGCCGCCGCCUCUCCAGGCCGUGCUGGUCGCCGACAGCUUCAACCGCCGCUUCUGCCCCGUCUCCAAGGACCGGCCCCGGGCUCUGAUUCCGUUGGCAAAUGUAGCCAUGAUAGAUUACACCCUGGAAUUCCUAACUGCAACUGGAGUGGAGGAAACCUUCGUCUUCUGCUGCUGGAAGUCAGCAGAGAUCAAGGAACAUUUACUGAAAUCUAAGUGGUGCCGUCCAGCCUCUCCAAAUACAGUACGGUUUGUGACUUCAGACCUCUACCGCUCACUUGGUGAUGUGCUGAGGGAUGUUGAUGCCAAGUCACUCGUUCGCUCUGACUUCAUCCUUGUCUCUGGAGAUGUGGUGUCCAAUAUUAACAUUUCCACAGCUUUGCAGGAGCACAGGCUACGGCGGAAGCUGGAGAAGAACGUGUCUGUGAUGACCAUGAUUUUCAAGGAAUCCACACCAGGUCACCGUUCCAGGUGCCAGGAGGAUGAUGUCAUCCUUGCCAUGGACAGCGCGACGAAGCAAGUGCUGCACUACCAGAGAACUCAAGGGCUGAAACGCUUCCGGUUCCCUACGAGCCUGUUCCAGGGCAACGUUGAAGAAGUACAAAUACGACAUGAUUUGUUGGACUGCCACAUCAGCAUCUGCUCUCCACAGGUGGCAGAGUUAUUCACGGAUAACUUUGAUUAUCAAACUCGGGAUGACUUGGUGCGUGGGCUUCUAGUAAACGAAGAAGUCCUGGGCAACCAGAUCCAUAUGCAUGUGACAUCCGAAGAGUAUGGCGCCCCUGUGUCCAACUUGCUGAUGUACGAGUCUGUGUCCUUUGACAUCCUGCAGCGCUGGGUUUACCCGUUGACUCCGGAGAUGAACUUCACCGAUGACAAGACGCAGAGUUGCACGCAUUCGCGGCACAACAUCUACCGGGGGGCGGGGGUGAGCCUGGGCCAUGGCAGCGUCUUGGAAGAGAACGUCCUCAUCGGGCAGGGAACAUCCGUUGGCAAGAAAUGCUCCAUAACCAAGAGCGUUAUUGGCCCCAACUGCAAAAUAGGGGAUGAGGUCAUUUUGGACAGGGCGUUCCUGUGGAACGGUGUCCAUGUAGGGGACCGUGUACGAAUCCAACAGUCUAUAGUUUGCGACGAGGCCGAAGUGAAGAAGGGGGUAACCUUGAAUCCUCGCUGCGUCCUCACUUCCCAGGUGGUGGUGGGACCUGACAUGGUCUUCAAAGAAGGCACCGUCAUCUCUCUGCAUCCCACGGAUGAAGAGGAGGAGGAUGACGACCAGUUCAGUGAUGAUUCGGGUGUGAACAAAGAAGAGAGCAACGUGAAGCUAAAAGGCUACAAUAUAGCGGACGUUGGCUCAGAGGGGAGAGGCUAUCUCUGGAAAGCAGAUGAUGAGAAUGACGUAGACCAAGUGGAGCAAAGGCAGAGUCUUUGGGGUCCCAUUUUAAAUGCAGAAGAAGAAAGCGAGUCAGAAAGUGAUAUGAGUCUGGGGUCUGAAGGAGCAGACAGCCGGACAGCUUCUCCUCUGUUGGAUGAUAUCAAAGUUUUCCAGAAUGAGGUGCUGGGUACCCUGCAGAGGGGCGAAGAGGAAAACAUCUCCUGUGACAACCUCGUUCUGGAGAUCAACUCUCUCAAAUAUGCUUAUAAUAUUGGCCUGAAAGAGGUGAUGGAGGUGCUCAGCAAAGUGGUUCUGGAGUUCCCACUGCAGCAGCUAAACGCGGAAAAGGACCCUCAACAUUACUGCAUGCUGGUAGUCCCUUUGCUGAAGAACUGGGCUCCAGUCUUCAAGAACUACAUAAAGCGGGCAUCAGAUCACUUGGAUGCCUUGCACGCCAUCGAGGAGUUUUUCCUGGAGCACGAAAACCUAUGCAUGUCCAUGGCCAAAGUGUUGAUGACUUUCUACCAGCUGGAAAUCUUGGCAGAAGAGAUGAUUCUCUCCUGGUUUUCUCAACGGGACACAUCGGAUAAAGGCAGGCAGCUUCGUAAAAACCAGCGGCUUCAGAAGUUUAUCCAGUGGCUAGAGGAGGCCGAAGAGGAGUCAUCCGAAGGGGAGCAGAACUGACCUGGCAGCCUCUCUCAGAGAUGCCCCCUCUCCCUGCUUCCAAGAGGGAGAGGGCCGCAGUGCCAGACUUUGCCUGGCGAAGCGAGCAAGAGCGAGACCCGGUGCAUGGCGUGUACGUGGGGGACCUGAAAAUCAAAGCUGACUGACAAUCCCAUUGCUGUUUAUGUACUUAGCAUCUUCCCCUGAAAAGGCACCGUACGCAGGACAGUGAGAGAGCAGUCAGAAGGAAAAGCCAGAGACAUGUGUAAUGUUAAAAGAUUUUUCUGAGACAUGUAUGUGUGAGGGUGCGUGUUUGUAUGUGUGUAUACAAACACACAAACAUGUAUGUGUAUGCACACAAACAUCUAUGGUGCUGUAUAAGGAAGCUGUCCACUGGGACGGGGGCUUUGCUGCUGCUGGAGGUGGUGACAGAGGCAGAUCCAGACCGAUUUCCAUGUCAACCUUAACCCUUGGGGGCUUUGAGCCACUUCAAAUUUGCAUAGAAGACAGUCCCGUAAGACCAGAUGCCCCAGGAGCCCCUGACUUUCCUGUAGUGCUGCACGUGCAGUGGGUGUCCCCCCCAGUUUCCUUGAAGGGAACAGCUGGUAAAGCAACAUGAGGCAGGCAGAGAGUUCAGCAGCCCAAAGUCAGGGCUGAUACCCGAAGCCUCUGCUGCAGAUGGAGGUGGAGCUGUUCCAGGAUCCGGAGAGAUUCAGAAGAGAGGUGGCUUAGCUUCCGUUUUAGCUUGGAGGUCCACUUGGCAAUGCAGCCUUUGCCAGAAUCACAGAGCCUUUUCUGUUUCAACUUUUGUUCAUACAAAACGGGGAAAUGUUCACCUACCUCACCAGGAGUUCAUUCAUAAAUGAAAAAUCUGUAGCAAGCAAGUGUUGUUUUUACGCCCCUGAUGGUGGCAGCCUUUUGUCUGCGUCAAGCCUGCUUACUGACCAAUCUUAACCCUUUGGAUCUGGAACAACAGAUCCACACCCAGCUGCAGCAGAACAGAUGUUCUUGGUAUCUUACCAAGACGCUGCUGGAGUCUGUCCUCUGCAGCAUUUGACAGGUUGCUUCAGAACCCUUUGGGAGUUCUGUUUUGGCUCUUGGGGACACUCACACGGCAUAGAUGCAAGUUAGGUCAAUCACACAUGCUCCACAUAAUUCUAGAGAUUUUCCAGCCAUGCUUUAUAUAGGGCAUAACCAAGAUGGUUCCUUCUAGAUGUUGUGGGACUAGAACUCCCAUCAGCCCCAGCCACCGUGACCAGUGAUCAAGGAUGAUGGGAGUUGUAGUCAAAGCAGCAUCUGGAGAGGACUGCAUUGGCUAGCCCUGUUUUAUAUAAGAAACACAUUUCCUCUUAAAUGCUGACAUCAGAAGGCCUGUGGUUCUGGGUUUGGCAUAGGAGUGUGUGGCAGCACGUUCUCCCUGCCCUGGCACCAUUUUCAUAAUUCACAGAGUCCUCAAGCAGCCACCUUCUCUUGAGUUGCAGGUCAGCAUCCAUCCUUCUGCUAAAAGGGAACAUGAGGCACAGCAGGCAGUUGCCUGCGUCUAUCAGUCAGUCUGACUUGUUGACCUUGUUCCUUCUGGGAAAGGGCUGCAUAUCUAGAGGAAGGGAAGCCGAGCUUUGCCAGUCUGGAGGUGGCUGUAACCAUUGGUGCUGCUGUGCCAUGCCGGCACAUGUGGACUGCCAGAAGCCUCUGGGGGAGCAUUGCCUGCUGGGAUGGAAGCUCUUGAACAUUGGCGGUGGUGUUGGGCUCUUCUUGUCGUCACAUCCUCUUGUAAAUGUCGGGAAAGACGAUGUGCUUUUUCUGUGUCUGCCAAUAUUUAAUUUGGGGAGUAAUUAAACAUCCCUUCCGCAAAGAAUGGGCUUUCUGUUCUGUAAUAUGUCGGCAUCUGAGCAAAAGUCUUGGGUAGGCUUCAUUGGUCUGAGGCUCACAGAUUACUCCACAUACGAAGAGUCUCUUAAAUCCUGUUUACAUGUUGCUCAAUUGGUGUGGUUGCCAUAGCUCCUGCAGCAAUCUGUGUACCUGGAAUGAGUUCUACCCGUGUGGUUCACGUUCUUGUUAUAUUUACGAACCGCACAAAUGAUGUCUGGACCCUUGGUAGGCCCGCCACUAACGCAUAGUUUGCAAAUGUCUUAGGAAGCCAGACUAGGUGAGCGGAAGCCGUUCUGCCUCUCCAUACCUGCAUGGAGGGGAACGAACAACCACAGAGGUAGUGGCAAAUGUAGCAAUUAAAGGGCAUGUCGAAUGGGGAACUUAAGGUCCAUUCCUUGUUUUGUGUGCUGAACAGGAGUUCCAAAAUCCUUGUUGUGACUGGAUUCCAGUGAGUGACUUAGUAGGGAUUUUAAGUGGAUUAAUGGGACUGGUAACUUUUUCAAUUAAGAGAUACAUGCUGUUCUGAGAAAUCAGAAAUACUAGUAGCUGUCCUAUUUUGGGUAACAUGACUGAUGGGGUGGCUAUAACGCAAUCAGCAAUGGAGAACGACUCUUGGGUGAGCUUCUGACCUGAACCACAGCAAGGUUGGCAGAAUUGGGAAGGUGGUGGUGAAAAUGUAUUUACGGUAACCAGUCACACACACACACACACACACACACACACACACACACAGUUGAAAAUGGGCACUCCAGCAUUGGUAAUCCAAUUCACAUGUGAUUUAAAAAACAACACCUUUGUCCCAGUUCACAAGUGAUAGGAUUGCACUUCCCUGAUGAACUGUAAUCCAGUGAUUUCACUACUUAUUUCCUGAGAUAGCAAAUCGUAGCAGAACGUGUUUCUUUCAAUCCUGGUGUCAUGCGAUGCACACAUCUUUCUUACUUUUGCUAUGGGUAAAAUUUACCUCUCCUUUUUAAUAUUAACCUGGUCCCUUGAGAAAUGGAGGGUAAUGUCUGGCAAUUUUGAAGUCAGGGAAGAAUUUGUUGUUGUUUUUUAAUCUUCUCUCUUGGCUCUUGGAAAUGUGUCUGGUUUUAUGGAGCAUUAAAUUGAAAAGAGUUCCUAUUUGAGUCUUUGUAAAAAUUUUGCCCCUCCUGCAGCGAUAAAUUCUGUAUAUGAAGCCUUUCUUAACUCCCCCCCUGCACACUAUAACCGUUUGUGGAUGCAGAUAUAACACUCCACACGCUCUAGCCUACUGUGAGCUCUCCCAAGUGUUUACAAGCUGUAUAAAAUGCAGACAUUUUAAAAUCUCACUGGAUGCCUGAGGUUUUCUCUUUUAACAGUUCAAAGGUGGCUUUAAAAUGGGUUUACCUUGUAAUUCCAUAUCUGAUGGGGUUUUUUUUUGACUAGAGGCAGAGAAUACUUUGUGCCACGUAACAAAUCUAUGUUCUGCUCAAAUCCUGUGCUCUGAAAGUACCAAUUUUUAUUGUGUGCAUUGAUUGCUAACAUUCAGUCAUACUGGAAUUGGAGCAUUCUCUAGAUUUGUUGAACAAAAGAAUCCAGCAGUGCCAUCCUAUGCAUGUCUGCUUGGAGGGAGGGAAUUCCUACUAGGCUCACUGGGAUUUACUCCCAUAGUGUGUUUUAGGCAGCAGGCUUGAGAGUAUGAAAAUGAAGCUGUUACAAAUGAUAUAUCAGAAGCAACCAUCUGAAAAACAUUUGCACCGUCCAGACCAAGGUUUCCCAAACUUGGGUCUCCAGGUGUUUUUCGACUAUAACUCCCAUCAUCCCUAGCUAGCAGGACCAGUGGUCAGGGAUGAUGGGAACUGUAGUCCAAAAACAGCUGGAGACCCAAAGUUUGGGAAGCCUGUGUUCUGGACGAUGUCCAGUGAUGUUACUUUUAAGAACCUUUCUUUUGAAGAGUAGCCAAGCCUGAAAACCUAAUUUCAAGGUAGACUCUCAAUUGUAGCUGAACAACCCUUUAUAUAUUCCUGCUUGAUAAGUGGAAAAGAAACAGCUUCCCCCCAACCUGGGCCUGGCCUAUAUGCAUGUGGUUUGUGUUCAGCAGUUACACGAUUCCCUGAAAUAAUUAUGUGCUGGGGCCUAUCAAGCAUUUUGCUGGUAUAAAAAUGAAUAAUGUUGGAUGCGAAUCUGUAGAAUAUAUCACAAUCUUUAAAUGUGCAUCAGCAUAACCCUUUAUAUGAAAUGGAGAGGAUGUGCCUGCUUCUCUGAUGCUGCUCAUGCAGUUGCCAAGGUACAAACAGAAAGACAGUUUUGGGCUAGUUGCUGAUAAAUCUCUUUGGUCAACAAUGGAAUUUGGACUAGGGGGUAGAAUCCUGCCUGUUUGGAUUAGCAAGGUUCCACUUGAGAGGGUGGGAAACUAGCCUGAGUGCAGCAAUGGGAAUAACAAAUCACAGUGCAAAACACAACCACCCCUGUGCUUGAGGCUAUGUGCAAACUGUAAUUCCACACAAGUUCGGAGAAGGAAUUGUGAGAGUGGCAUUGGGCAUUGAAUUCUGCAUUCCUGAAAAUCUUUGCUUUAAAAUAAUGUUUAGCCUUCGCGGGUGUGAAGAUAUGCUUGAAAGCUCAUGCAAAGGCUGAAGAAACCUUAGCCACAGGGAUUGCUAAGUAAGAUUUGUUCAAGGAAGAGGUGGGGCUUAAGACUUGCAUAUCUUUUUGGCCCUUUCCAUGACUAAUAGAAGCAGAAUGAAUAAUUCAGAAGAAAUUAUGCAACUGUACCUAAUUUGCAUAAUUAAAAAAGGCUCCAGAA